GGAAAACAAGCCGGUUUUAAUCUUAUCCAUUUUGGUUUAAGUCAUUGAAGCAAAAUGCACUGCUAGUCAUUAAUCAACAACUAGACAAGUGGGCACGGCUACAGCAGCAACCACCACUCAACGUAUUAACAUUUGCAUUUGUUCAUGCAAUCUCCCCCGUCUUCUACUACCACCAACCAUCUACUAAGCUAUGGAGGUCUCAUGGGAACGAAGUGUUACAGACUCUAUCAACACCAUUUACCUACUCUUCUCAGCUUACUUGGUGUUUGUCAUGCAACUUGGGUUCGCCAUGUUAUGCGCCGGUUCUGUCAGGGCCAAGAAUGCCAUGAACAUUAUGCUUACUAACGUUGUCGAUGCUGUUGUUGGCAGCAUUUCUUAUUACCUUUUCGGCUUCGCUUUUGCAUUUGGUGAUGCCUCAAACACUAAUCCUUUUAUUGGUACUUCUUUCUUUGCUCUCCAUCAUAUUCCCAAUUCUUCUUAUGACUACACUUUUUUCCUUUACCAAUGGGCUUUUGCUAUUGCUGUUGCUGGAAUCACCAGCGGCUCCAUUGCUGAGCGAACCCAAUUCAGCGCCUACCUCGUUUUCUCAUUUUUCCUUACCGGCUUUGUUUAUCCUGUCGUGGCUCACUGGGUUUGGUCGUCUACCGGCUGGCUCAGUCCAAACUCGACUCACUUGUUAUUUGGAUCGGGUGCUAUUGAUUUUGCUGGCAGCGGCGUGGUACAUUUGGUGGGCGCCAUUGCCGGGUUUUGGGGCGCUCUCAUAGAAGGCCCUCGAGUAGGCCGGUUUGAUGCAUUUGGAAAACCUGUGCCUAUGCGUGGGCAUAAUGCAACUUUAGUAGUACUCGGAACAUUCCUGUUGUGGUUUGGAUGGUUUGGGUUUAAUCCUGGUUCAUUUGAUAAGAUUCUUGUACCCUACCCCAACACAGCCGACCAAGGUAACUGGACCGCUGUUGGCAGAACUGCAGUGACAACUACAUUGGCAGGUUCGACAGCCGGAAUUGUAACUCUAUUCGGCCGGAGAUUACUAGUGGGGCAUUGGGAUGCAUUAGAUGUUUGCAAUGGAGUGCUUGGUGGGUUUGUUGCAAUAACAUCAGGAUGUUCAGUUGUUGAGCCAUGGGCUGCAAUCGUGUGCGGGUUCUGCGCUGCUUGGAUACUGAUCGGGUUAAAUAUGGUGGCGUUGAAAUUGCAAUUUGAUGACCCAUUGGAGGCAACUCAAUUGCAUGGUGGGUGUGGUGCAUGGGGUUUGAUAUUCACAGGGUUGUUCGCCAAAGAGGAGUUUGUGAGUCAGGCUUAUGAAUCAGGUGCAAGUGGUUCGGUGAGACCUUAUGGCAUUUUAUUAGGUGGGGGUUGGGGUCUGAUAGGAUCGCAACUGGUUGAACUCUGUGUGAUUGUGUGCUGGGUCAGUUUGACAAUGGGACCACUCUUCUACAUGCUUCACAAGCUUAGCAUACUGAGGAUCACUAUUGACGAAGAAGUUGCAGGUCUUGACAUAUCUAGCCAUGGAGGUUAUGCGUACAUUGCUCAUCCAGAAGAAAACCACUCCCACUUUUACUCCGACUAUGUUCGUCUUCAAGCUCAAGAUCAUUCAUAGGCUCUCUUUCAUUUUAUAUUUGUUUUGUGAUCUAGUAAACUUAAGGCGUGUUUGGUUUAGCAGUUGUCAGCGGUUGGAUUUCAUCUAACAGCUCACAACAGGAACAGCUAAACCACACAGGUCAUACAUGUAUAUCUAUCUAGCGGCUCAUUCACUUUCCAGUACGUAAACAUGUGUAUAUUUCAUAGAAAUCAUUCUUAACGUUCUUUGCUAUGUCGAUGAAAGUCAGAACAACAUCAUUUUCAA